CCGUCGGCGCUGCAAGAUGGCUGCUCCCAUGGUUCCGUGAGCCGGGGCCGCAGCCGCAGGCUUUGUUCCCUCUCGGAGCUACGGCAUCACCGGGGGGGGUCCCUGCCCCAUCCCCCCUGUGCUGUGGGGCAGGGAUGCGCCGCUUCUCCCUGCCUCUCGGCGAGCUUUCUUAUUCUCAUUUUUUUUUGGCUUUGGCAAUGUUUGGCUGGAUUUGAUUUGGGUUUUUUUUUAAUCGUUUUCAUUUUUAUUUUUUCCCCUAUUUAAAACCCCACAUCUGGGAAGUUUCCAAGCCCCCUCGCCCCAAAGCUUAUGGCAGCCUUUAAAUGCGGUUUUUGCUGCUUUGAAUACUGAUAUAGGUGAGGGUGGGGUUGGGAGCCAAUGGGAUCAGUGACAGGGAAGGGAUGGAGGAACUGGACCAUCGCAGCGUGCCGAGCUCCCCUGCCGUGGGACUGGGGGCACUGGGGACAGGCUGGGUGUGCAAACCGUGUGCAAGGCGCCAGAGCUGUCGCUGCUGCGUAGGCACCUCGUCCCGCAGAGGGGACAAACCCUGAGCCUCGCCGGGGCACGGCAGGAGCGGCGGUGCAAUCGUAGCCCUGGCAGAUCCUGCAUCCCUGGGGAACGUCUGAGCGGUGCUGGCAGCGGCAGAGGAAACAUUCAGCAAGAUUUGGACUCUCGCGUGGCAAGUCCGUCGCAGUUUCGUAGUUAAUGGGCUUCUGAGGAGAUGCUGCCAGCGCUCGGUGGCUGUGGUGCAGUUCUUGACCCAUCCUGAGGAAGCUGUAGGAAUCAUUCCCUGGAUGCUCUCGGCUGCACCGUGACGAGGUUUGUGACCAGACAGGACACUUGGGUCUGGGAAGCAAACCAAACCACUUUAAAUAGGCUAAGAGCAAGAUGCAGAGAGGAUCUGCACAUCCGUUGUAAGCCAUAAAAGUUCUGUGCUACCUGCAGGCAGGAAGAAAACUUCCAGCUGGGCUGUAUCCUGGGGUUUCCUUCUGCUUCCUUGGAAGUAUUUGCUGCUGACUGUGGUUAGAGCCAAGUUUUGGACUAGCAAAGCCCUGCUCUGACCCAGACUGGCUGCUCUGGUCCUUUGUCCCUGUCCUCCAGCCCUCGCGGAGCUGGCUCGCAGCUCUUGGUUGACUGGAAGAGCCCAGAGUGAGAGGUCCCAGGGCUGGAGGCAGAAGGGUAAGGCUCUGAAGAUGUACACUUGGGUGGUUAACGGGGCAAAGGGCUGCUCAGGGGGUCGCGAUGAUGCACCUGGGGGGCAGCAAUGGGAGAUACGGGCUCUGGAGUCCACACUGUGUCAGGGGUCUGCACCAUGCUUGUCCCGCAAGACCCAGCUCUGCAGGGCAAGGGUGCACGGUGCUGGGCUUGGAGAUGCCGGUGGCGCUUGUUCCACUGCCAUCUCCUGCCUGGGGGCUGAUGUUUUCCUCUUUUCCUGGCCUUUUUACCAGGUCCCUCUGUUUUUUGUGAUGGAAAAGCAAAGCAGAAAUGCUGCUCUUGUCCAGCGUGGCAGGAGGCUUUGGUACCUCUGCCCUCCAUUGGGAGGAGGAGAGGGUCUCUGAGAAGCCAGGUGGAGCCAGAAGGGGUACCCAGAGCUGGGGGGAGACUCGGGGCUGGACCUGGGAGACCAGCAAGGCGGAGAGCAGGGGCAGGCAGCUGUUCCCAGGCAGCCUGGGGAAAGUGCAGGGGCCAAGGACCGUCACUCCUUCCUCUGCUGUUGGUAAAGGAUGUUCCUCAGCGCUGGUUGCAGGGUGAAGGGAACCCAGCAGCUUCAGGGCUGGUGACUCUACUGCUGCACAUCCAGCAUCACCCCGGACACCCCAAGGGGAGCCCCUGCUCCGUGACAUGGGGUGUUUGCAGCUCUGGGUGUUGCUCUGACACCUAAACCGUGAUGGGUUCCACUUCCCCCUGUGGGCUGGGGUCACGGCUCUGGUUCUUGGGGGUUUGUUCUUUAGAAAAACCCAAAGUUCCUCAUGGUUUCUCAGCAUGUCACACAGACUGACAGCGCUGCCUGGCUUGCACUACUGUGAAUGUCCAUUUUCUUUCCUUUUUCCUUUGCAUUCUGGCUCCCUGCCUUCCCCACACUGCGCUGGGUUCCUCCUUCUCCUCCUCCUCCUCCCACUACUUUUAUCAAGAUUCGGUUUGGUUUUUCAAUCCCGUUCAUGGAAGAACGCAAGGAUGAGACUGAGUGGGGCUUAAGUAUAGGGAGGGAGUUAAGAGGAUGCUUAAAUACUUCUGCUACCUGUUUUAAAUACGUGUGUCGGUGCUUUGCAGCUUCAAGCUCCAGCAGAUGUUGGGAAACCCUGGCUGGAGCAGGUCCUGUGCAUCAACCACCCCUGGGGAGAGUGCUGGGCUGGGGCUCUGCUGCCAUGAGACAUGGGUUGCCUUGGGAUACCCUGGGGCAGAGACAAGCAAGGGGGGAAUGAAGACCCAUGUGCGUGUGUGCAACCCCGACACGUGUUUCUGAGUUGGCUUCCAAGCCCUCCUCGUUCAGCUCAGGGUUGAUUUGCCAUCAGCAGCGGGUUCUGCUCCUGGUGGGGUUGGGUGCUUUCAUUUUUAGCCAUCUGGCUCGAUGCUGAUUCCGUGUUUUCCCGGCAUCAGCUACAGCGUGGGCGUCUGGAAAUGGGAAGCAUGUUUGGGUGGCCCUGUGGUUACAAGGAGGACCAUGUGUCUGUGCCAUCCUAUCGGUGACACCAGUGAGGUGCUCGGUGGGAUCCCCCCGUGUGGUACCAGGGUUGUUGCACAGCCCUGCCUGUCCUGAGCCACCUCAGCUCUUCGUCAGCCACCGAGAAUAAAUGAUGAGCACAAGCUGAGGUUUGCAGAGCCUUAAUCCCUUUCCCUUGUGUCUCUUUCAUCUCCAGUCGAACCAGGAGAGUUGUAAUAGACCUUCUUACUAAAUUAAAUGUAGAGGCUGCUCCUCCAAGGCACGUUUCGGUUCAACCGUAGUGUUUGAUUUUCCAGCCCCAGCAAUAUGGUACCUCCAGGGAAAAAGCCAGCUGGGGAAACUUCCAAUUCCAAUAAAAAAUGUAAGCGUUAUUUCAAUGAGCACUGGAAGGAAGAAUUUACCUGGCUGGAGUUUGACUAUGAGAGGAAACUCAUGUUUUGCAUAGAGUGUCGGCAGGCGCUGGUGAAGAACAAGCACGGUAAAGCAGAAAAUGCCUUUACUGUGGGCACGGACAACUUCCAGCGCCAUGCCCUGCUACGGCACGUCACCUCCGGCGCGCACCGCCAGGCGCUGGCGGUGAACCAGGAGCAACUGGCUUUUGAGACCCAUGGGCACGGCUACUCAAAGGUGCGCUCGGUCAUCAAGGUGGAGGUGAACCCAGCGAAGAUGGCUGUCCUCACCACUGUCUACUGGAUGGCAAAGGAGGAGAUCCCAGAUGAGAAGUGCUCCUCCUUGCUCCACUUCCAGAAGUUCAACCUGUGCCAGGCGCUGCUGGUCUCCGAGCACAGCGAGUACUACCACCCCAGCAGCAUCAGGGAGAUGCAGGCAGCGAUUGCCGAAGUCCUGCACAAGGAGGACAGGCACAGGAUAAAAGCCUCGCCGUUUGUUGGGCUGGUGGUGGAUGAGACAGUGGACAUCCUGGAGCACCACAACCUCGCCAUGUUCGCCACCACCGUCUCCCCGUGCAACGGGCAAACCUCUGCCACCUUCCUGGGGAGCUUCGAGCUGCCCGCUGGGGAGGCUUCCACGGUGGCGGGCAAGGUGGGCGAGGUGAUGCGCUCCUUCGACAUCCCCACCAUGAAGAUCACUUGGUUCAGCACUGACGGCGCCUCGUUGGCGGCCGAGCGACUGAGCGAGGUGAGGACUGUGCUGACCUCCCUCUGCCCGCUCCUCACGGAGAUGCACUGCCUGUCCCACGGGAGCUCCCUGCUGCUGGCAGAGAGCGUAGUCAGCAUUGAAUACCUCCAGAAGUACGAGACCACCGUGGAUGCUGUGUACAGGCUCUAUUCCAGCUUCAGGGGGGAAAGCAGUGGCCUGCAGGAGCUACGGAGCGUCCUGGACCUCUGUGAGAUAGACCUUGGGAGCCCCAGAACCAUCCACUGGACUUCGAUUUUCCCAGCCGUGGAAGCCAUCGAUUCUUCGUGGCCCGCGCUGGUGCUGCUGCUGGAGAGCGAAGCAGAGCAGUCACCUGUGGCCCAUGGCCUCUGUGAAGAGCUCAAGAAGUUCCAGUUUGUGGCCUUCACCAAGAUCCUCCUGGAUGUCCUCCCCAUCUUCCAGAAACUCAGCCACUUCUUCCAGAUCGAGGACUUUGAUCUCUCUGUCCUGAAACCCCUUGUCUCUGCCAUGGCCACCGCUCUGCAGGCCCAGAAGAGCACCAGUGGCAAGAACCUCCAGGAGUUCCUCAAUGAGACAAACGGGCACCCACAAGAUGAUCGGGAGGGCGAGAGCCGCCUCUACUACAAGGGCAUCGAGCUGGCCAACUGCUCCAAGGUGCACCUGAAGCACUUUGAGCACUUGAAGGAGAGCUACCUGGAGAGAGUGCGGGGCAGCCUGCUGGACAGGUUCCCCAGCAGCGUCCUGAAGGCCAUCAGCUCCUUCUCAACCAUCUUCAACCCCAAGUGCUACCCCCAGUCUUUGGAGGACAUUGGCGGCUAUGGGGUCAGCGAGCUGAAUUUCCUCCUGCAAGCUUACUCCCGGGUGGUGGUGAGCGAGAGGGCCCUGAGCGAUUUCCCCCUCUUCAAGCGGAUCGUUUUCAGCCUCAGCCAGCUCUCCUUCAAGGACCUCUGCGUCAAGCUGGUCUACAGCAACUCUGAAAUGCAUGAGCUCUUCCCAGACUUUGCCAUCCUUGCGGCCAUCGCUCUGGCUUUGCCACUGGGCUCGGUCCUUGCUGAGAAGAUCAGCCGGGGCCGGGAGCUGCUGAAGCGCGGCCGGUUGUGCCGUGUGAAUGACGAGGGGCUCUCCGACCUCAUGAAGAUCGCCAUCGACGGGCCGGCCAUCAAUGAGUUUGACUUUGCGUUGGCCAUUGAGUAUUAUGAAAGCAUGAGGGAGUCCAGCUUCAUCAUGACGCAGGUGAAGUGAGCGGUGGCCGGUGAAGGCAGAGCCCUGCAGGCAGGGCGUUGUGUCUUGUGGGCAGCUCCAAGCGCCAGCUCAACGCUACCUUUCCCCAUCGAUGGUUACUGCUGGGGCCGCGCAGCCACUGGCGUGGAUGGUGACCUGCUCUGUGCUGGGAAGAUAUUCAUAGAAUCGUUAAGGUUGGAAAAUACCUCGAAGAUCAUCAAGUUCAGCCACCAACACAAUACCAAGAUGCCUACUAAACCAUGUCCUGAAACGCUACAUCUUCAGGUUUUUUGAACACCUCCAAGGGUGGAGAUUCCACCACUUCGCUGCGCAGCCUCUUCCAAUUCUUGACAACCCUUUCCAUGACGAAAUUUUCCCCACAUCCGAUCUAAACCUGGCGCAACCUGAGGCCAUUUCCUCUCAUCCUCUCACUAGUUACUUGGUUGAAGAGUCCGGCACCCGCCUCACUACGGCCUCCUUUUAGGUAGUUGGAGGAGCAACAAGAGGAAACAGGAUCCUUCACAAGGCCAUGGUGGUCCCACAACCACCCCUCCCUCCUCCCCCUAACAUCCCUUUGAAUUGGCCAGCAUUUAAAAUCUUGGGGCCACCUGAAAUCCCAGAUUGUGAUGAGGUUUCUUUUCAAGGAUUCAUUAUUAUUUUGUUAUAGGGAGAUGAAAGCAAAUCCUCUCUUGAGCUCAAAUGUCCCCUCGCCUUUGCACAAUCAUCCCCAGCAGCUUUUUCUUAAUACUCUGCAAGAAAAGAUGUGGGUUUUGGGGUUUUUUUUCUGCUUUGGAGCCUCAAGAAUGAGUGCGGAAAAGGCAGCGCAUCUUUCUAGCUGGGUGGCAAACCCUGGAAUGCCUGGCGGUGGCUUGUUGGUAUUCCUUGCGCACAGCACAACAUCUUUUUACCUGUGGCAUCAAGUCAUGAUCCUUGCAAGAGAUUUAGAGAACGGUAUUGUAAUCGCCGAGGAAAUAGUAACUUUUAAAUGCAUCAUUGUGUAUGUAUGUGUGUAUAUAUAUAUAAAAAUAUAUAUAUUAAAAAGGUCUAUCUUAAUUUUCCUAAUGUUUAAAGCACAAAGAUAUCAAAAAGGACUUUUUUUUUUCUUUU